AUCAAUUCCCAAACCCCUUUUCUCUUCGUAAUCUCCCUUCCUAGCCAACUUGCUCUCGCUCAAAAGAACAGCUACAAGAGCCAACCAACUAACCGUCCACACCUCGAGAAUCAUCAAACUCACAAAUCCUCUCGGACUUGUCCUGAAAGAAAUUCAUCAGAAUAUUACUCCCAACCAUGCUCUCCCCUUCCUACUACGCCUUCCCCCGCUCAUCCUCCAACAUCCCCGGCACAGGCAUGCUCCUCAUCCCCGAAGUCCGAAUCCUCCCACAACAUCAAGCGCAUAAUCACACCCCACCUCCAAGUUCAAGCCCAAAACCACAAGAUGCGCUAUUUUACAUCGGCACAAUCGAAUUCCCAAAUAGAAUGGUAGCGAGACCACAAUUGCUAGAUGGAGAAGCAAAUUUCACAGCACCAGGAGGAGAUUCGUGGUAUUUCGAUAUUGCGACGCGACGGACGGGAUUUCCUUGUUGUGGGAUGAGGUUUGGAACUGUGAAGGUGUAUGCGGAGCAUAUGGAUGCUGUACAUGAGGUUGAGGGGUAUAUUUGCUGAGU